AUGGCCGCACUCAAGCUUAUCCCCGCAUUUUGGACAUACUGGCUCCUGUUGCUACUAUCCCCAGCCCAAGCAAUCUGGAACCCUAUUAUCUCGGGGUGGAAUCCCGAUGGGUCCAUUUUACGUGUCAAUGAUGAUUACUACGCUGCCACAUCUUCUUUUGAAUACUGGCCGGGCAUCCCCAUCUACCACAGCAAAGACCUGUCGGACUGGAAACUCAUGUCUCAUGCCUUGACACGACCAGAGCAGCUUCAAUUAUAUGGAACACCUACCGGAGCUGGAGCGUGGGCUCCCAGCUUGGCCUUUUUUGACGGCAAGUUCUGGCUCUCAGCCAUGACCCGCUGGACCUACGACCCAGUUGCCCGCGUUUGGCCUCGCGUCUGGUUCAUGUCCUCGCCCGAUCUCAAGAGCUGGUCCGACCCGGUAUGGGCCGAACCUUGGGGUAUUGACCCCGAACUCUUCCGCGAUCCUGUAACUAACGCAACGUACCUGAACUUGAUGGCGCCUAACAACAACAAGGACCGCCUUUGGGGGCUAUAUCAGUGUGAAGUUUCGCUCAAGACAGGGAAUUGCAUCGGCGAGUAUUCAAGUAUCUGGAACGGGACCUUGACACACAAUGCCACGGCUAGGCCGGAGGGGCCAAAGAUGUACUACAAGGAUGACUGGUACUAUUUGUUGAUUGCUGAAGGUGGCACUGAUCAGUUACAUCGAGCGAGUAUUGCCAGAAGCAAGGCUCCCUCUGGUCCCUUUGAAGCAAAUCCUCACAAUCCCCUGAUGUACAACGGGAAAUGGGGUUUCACAAACUUAACCGUCCAAUCUACUGGACACGCCACCCUUGUCGAAACUGCCAAGGGGCAGUGGUACGCUUCGUUCCUGGCACGUCGCAACAUCAACGGGUCAUCGCCCUUAGGCCGUGAAACUUUCCUCACGAAAGUUGACUGGGAAAAGGGUUGGCCAGUAUUUAACCAAGGAAAGCCGAUCAUGCUAAGUGAACAAGUGGAACCCAAAUCCGGCCCCAGGAGAACACCGCCAAAAUGGACGGACAACUUUUCGGGUCACAACCUCGAUCCAUCAUGGUACCAGCUCCGCACACCUUACACAAAUAACUACGAGCUCAAGCAAGGUCGCUUGGUUCUCAAGCCCAAUGUCUUCGGCCUCAGUGACCGAGACACCCCGGCUGCGCUGCUGCGCAAGCAAAAGUCCCUCAACAUGACCUGGUCCGCUGAGUUGUCAAGCUUCAAGGGAAUUUUGGGUCCCAGGAAUAAACUCGGCAUCUCCACAUAUCUUUCAGAGUUCCAGCAUCAGGAUAUUGGGAUUCGGGGGUGUGUCAAUCAAACCGGGAUGUGCAUAUACACGGAACUCAACAAGAACGGAACGCAAGAGUAUUGGCAAACGCCACUCAACCAAACUAAGGGUCUCGCCAAGGGAUUAAAAUUACACAUCAAAGCCGAACCUCUGCGGUAUUCUCUUGGCUACAGCUUCGGAAACGACGAACCAGGGUACGUUACUUCGAUCGCUUCGAAAUGGCAGGCAUUUGCGCCACCAAAUUGGUUUGUAUUUUCCGGUGCAUCUUUUGCACUUUUUGCGACUGGUGAUGGGGAGCCCUGGCCGUAUAGUGGUCCCAAGGUGGGAUUUGAAAAUGUGUGGGAAGAUUAUCACAAAGAAGACAUUCCGGAUUACGACAGAUGGUAA